AGAGAGGGGGGGGGGGCAGAGAGAGAGAGAGAUGGGCAGUGAAAGAAGAACAAGCAUUUUGAUUGUGGGGUUGAUUGGGCUCAUUUGGGUGUGGCCAUUAUCAUUAUCGGAGAGAACUACUGAAGAAGGUGGUGGAGUUGUUCUUCAUCAUCAUCAUCAUCAGUCUGGAAGUGGAAGCAGCGAGAAGCUGAAGAAUCAAUGGCGAAGAAGACCGUCUUCUUCAUCUUCAUCGCCGUCGCAGUCGCCGUCGUGUGAUAGGUAUGAAGGAGAAUGGGUGAAGGAUGAAUCGUACCCUCUGUAUGAUUCGUCCAAGUGCUCUCACAUUCGCAAAGAGUUCGACUGCUUCAAGUAUGGCCGCCCCGAUCGGUUCUAUCUCAGUUUCCGGUGGCAACCCUCCCACUGCGACUUGCCCAGAUUUGAUGGGAAAAGCUUCUUGGAGCAAAUGAAGGGGAAGAACAUAAUGUUCAUUGGUGACUCACUGAGUCUAAACCAGUGGCAAUCACUAGUGUGCUUGCUUCAUUCUGCAGUACCUCAAUCAGCAACACUCGAGCAGACCAAUGAACCUAUCACUAACGUUACUUUCCAGGAAUAUGGUGUUUCUGUUAGUGUGUUUCAUUCUCUGUACUUGGUUGACAUUGAAGAGGAGCAGAUUGGUCGAGUCUUAAAGCUUGACUCACUCAAGAAUGGAGAUAUAUGGAAGAACAUGGACGUUUUGGUCUUCAACACUUGGCACUGGUGGUACCGUAGAGGCCCAAAGCAACCAUGGGAUUACAUUCAAGUGGAUGGCAAGACACUCAAGGACAUGGAUCGCAUGGCUGCAUUUCAGAAGGGCCUGACAACUUGGGCUAAUUGGGUGAAUGCAGAGGUAGAUACAACCAAAACCAAAGUUCUUUAUCAAGGAGUUUCACCUUCUCAUUACAAUGGAUCAGAGUGGGAUCACCCAGAAGAGACAAACUGUGCAAAGGAAACAGAGCCAAUGAGUGGAUCAACUUACCCCGGUGGUUUGCCUCCAGCAGCAUUUGUAGUGAUGGAUGUGUUGAAGACAAUAACAAAACCUGUUCAUUUCCUUAACAUAACAACUCUGUCACAGCUGAGAAAAGAUGCACACCCUAGUUAUUACAAUGGAUUCAAAGCCAUGGACUGUACCCAUUGGUGUGUUGCGGGGCUGACAGAUAUCUGGAAUGAGCUGCUUUUUGCAGCUAUUACCAAUUGAAAGUGAAGACAAACUAUUGAGGGAUAAUAGGGGUAACUAUACAGACAGAUGAUAGUUCAAAUUUAUUUACAGUUGGUCUCCAAAACAUAGAAUACAGAUUGAGUGAUUAUGGUCAAGUUUUUGGCUUGUAGAUGUUUCAUAUUGCAGAGGCAGUAGACUACAAGAACAAUUAUUCUUGUCAAAAAUUCAAUCUCAAUAAACUGAGAAAGCUGAAACAAGAAUUUAUAUGCAA